UCGAUGUAGUCGAUGUACGAGUAACUGCAUUAUGUUUCUCGUCCAGCGUCCUCAACCGACUGUGCAUGACUUUAAUAUUUUAUAAUAAUUCAUUAUGAUAAAAACGUGUAAAUAACAUAAAUGAUUUUAAUUUGAUUAUUGUAAUUGUAUUUCUGAUACUUCUGUCUUUCUAGUUUUUGUUAUAAUUGUCUCCUAGUUAAUUUUUUUUUAAGUUGUUAGCACGAAUAUAGAUAGGUAUAAUCAUGUUGGUUAUUAUCCCUACUCUUGUUGUCUAGUCUCUUAAUUAAUAAAUUUUAAAUUAAAAUAAUUUUUGUGAUUCAUGAUAUGUACUGAUAUAUACAUCAAACAUGUUUGAUUUUAUAAAGAUACCAUUCAAAGAUAGUCAAGUACCAAUUUCAAAGUCCAUUUCAAGUCCACUUCUUUGUGAUAAAAUCAAAGAAUUUGGCAUUUGUGAAGAAAAAUGUGCAGAACGUCAUAUUUUAUGCAAAACACUUGAUAAAAAAUAUCUCAAUAUUCCUACAAAAUCUUUAAUUAGCAUACAACUUACAAAAAUUCUAAGUGCUUCACAUUUUUAUGGAAGAAUUCUUAAGUAUAGUACUAAAAAUAAUCCUAUAAAAGAUCAAGAUUGGAUUAGUUGUGAUGACUCAUUUGAAACAAUAAAACAUGAAUUACAAAACAUCAGUCCGAACACUAUCAUUUUAUGUGAAACCUAUUCUAUUGGUCAAAUGGUUAUGAUAAAAACUGAACAAGAAGAAUUUUAUCGAGCAGUUAUCUUGGAUGUAAUACAUGGAUGGCUUACAGUUAAGGUAAAAGUAAUGUUAAUUGACAUAGGAGAAACAAAAGAAAUUAGUCCAUUUAAAAUGUUUGUAUUGCCAAACCAUUUAAAAGAAUUUCGGCCUGUUGCUGUUGAAAUCAUCAUAUCUUCCAUGGAACCUAUAACAGAAGAAACAUCUGUUUUCAAUUGGCCAAUUAGUACAACAAAUCUUGUAAGUAACUUAUUAGAACCAUUUAUUUUGACAGAUUUAGAAUUUAUUUGCAAAGUUGAACUUACAUUAGGAAUAACUUUAUGGGUUGAUAGGAUAAUAGCAAAGAAAUGUUUGAAAUGUUCUCACUUUGCAUGUAAACUGUAUAAAAGUUCUUUGAUAUUACCAAAUGAAUUAAUUAAACGCAACCUUGCAAGAUCAAGUUCUUGUCUAAUUGAUAAAUUAAUUAACUUGGAUAAAGAUAACAUUAUAUGGAAAAAACACUUGAAUGCUGCAAAACCUUUGAUCGCUAAAAAAUCAAAUAUACCAUUAUUUUCAUGUAAUGAACAAGAAAAUAAAAUUGAUGAAGCGAUAGAAGUACAAUGGGCUCAUUUGUCUGAAAAUAUUAUAACAAAUGUAAUUGUUCAUUACAUAAAUAGUCCAAAAUGUUUGUUAGUAAGCAAUUUACAAUAUUAUGAAAGAGUUGUUGAUCUUCAAAGAGACAUUGAUAAUGUUAUCAGUAAUACAUCUAUUGAAAAAUUAACUAGCGCCACUGUUGGAAGUGUAUGUUUAGCAUUAAUACCUGGAGAAAAUAAGUAUAAUCGUGUUAUUAUUCAAAAAAUCGACAAUCAAAUAGCUGAUAUCUUCUGUAUAGAUUAUGGUGAAUUUUAUCAAGUUGAAAUUCAUAAUUUGUUGACUAUACCCUCAAAUUUGAUUAUAAAAUUACCAUUUCAAGUAAUUGAGUGUAGUUUGAGUGGUUUUAAUGAUAAUAUGCCAACAGAUAUUUUGGAUCAGUUUAAUAAUCGUUUAUUGGAACUUACCGAUACUCAAAUAUAUUUAAAAGUUCUUUCUUCUACUUUGGAUACAAAGUUGACUGGAGGAACCCAUUAUGAAGUUGUAUUAUUUAAGAAGGAUACAAAUAUAAAUGUCACAAUUGCUGAUGAGUUUAAUAUGUGUGCUGAUAAUAAUCAAAUACAAAAUAUUUCAAAAAUAAAUUUUAAAUACAAGGAAUAUGAUGAUGAUGAUGAGGAUGAUGAUAAACUUAAUGAAGAGGAAUUAAAAAGUCAGAUGGAACUAUUAGACAGCCUAUUUAAAAUUUCAAAUGAAACAAAUGAAACCCAAAUUGUACAAAGUUCAACAAAUGAAAACCAAAUUGUACCAAGUUCAACAAAUGAAAACCAAAAUUCAACAAACGGGGGAAAAAUUGAGUCUAUUUCAAAAACAUUAAAUAAUAAUAAUAAAACUGCAAACAUUAAACAAAUAAAAGGUAUAACAAUUGAGAAGAAAUUUUGUUUAGAUUGCAAUAGAACUCCAGUGGUACCUCAGUGUUUUUGGCAUCAAGAUGACACAUGGAUUUAUCUUAAAUUGAUUAUUUUAUCAGUGAAUAAUUCUAAAAUCUCUUAUGGAUUGGAUACUAUAACAUUGACUGCUGAAACAAAUUCUGUAUCCUAUUCCUUUACCGCAAAUUUGUUUGGGUAUAUAAAUGAUGAUCUGUGUUCUUUUCGUGAAAGUUUUGAUGGAAUUACCAUCAAAGCACGAAAACUUAUAAAUGUUAAAUAUAAAUGGCCUAGACUUUUAAAAUGUACAAAAAAACAUAAAUAUAUUAUUUAUGAUACAGAGUUCUGCUCUACUGAAGAUAAUUCGAAUUUGUGGUGUAAAUUAAUAAAUAAAUUUAAACUGACAGCACUUGGUGAACCAGUAAAUGAAGAAUAUAUUGAUACUGAUUCUGAUGAUAGCAAUUGUAACGAUGAAGAUGCCAUUUUUGAAGAUUGAUAAAUGUUCCUUAUCAUAUUUAUCUCUUAUUUUAAUGUUUAAAUAUAAAAUCUCAUAAUUUGUAUAUUACGUAUAAAAUAUAGACUAUUUUCUAUUGUGUCAUUUUACAUCUAAUAUAUUAUCAAUAUUUUUGUCUUUUGAUGAAUGUAAAAUUUA